CGCUGCCUGUCCACGCUGGACCUGACCCUGCUGGGGGUUGGGGGCAUGGUGGGCUCAGGCCUCUUCGUGCUCACAGGCACCGUGGCCAAGGACAUGGCUGGCCCUGCUGUGCUCUUGUCCUUUGGCGUGGCCGCUGUGGCCUCCCUGCUGGCGGCCCUGUGCUAUGCGGAAUUUGGGGCGCGUGUGCCCCGCACGGGCUCUGCCUACCUGUUCACCUACGUGUCCAUGGGCGAGCUGUGGGCCUUCCUCAUCGGCUGGAACGUGGUCCUCGAAUACCUCAUCAGUGCUGCUGCCAUAGCCCGCGUCUGGAGCAGCUACCAGGACUCCAUCUUCAGCUACGGCAUCCGCGACUUCACCGAGACUCACGUGGGUGUCUGGCAGGUGCCCUUCCUGGCCAGCUACCCAGACUUCCUGGCCGCUGGCAUCCUCCUCCUGGCCUCCGCCUUUGUCUCCUGCGGAGCCCGCGUCUCCUCCUGGCUCAACCACACAUUCUUGGUCUUCAGCCUGCUCGUCAUCCUAUUCAUCAUCAUCCUGGGCUUCAUCCUGGCCCACCCGCACAACUGGAGUGCUGAGGAGGGUGGCUUUGCACCCUUUGGCUUCUCUGGCAUCAUGACUGGCACUGCCAUCUGUUUCUAUGCCUUUGUGGGCUUCGAUGUCAUUGUCUCCUCCAGCCAGGAGGCCCUGAACCCACGGCGGGCUGUGCCCACGGCCAUUGCCAUCGCGCUUGGCCUGGUAGCUAGUGCCUACAUCCUCGUCUCCACCGUGUUAACCCUCAUGGUGCCCUGGCACAGCCUGGACCCCGACUCAGCGCUCGCCAGCGCCUUCUACAGGCGGGGCUAUAGCUGGGCUGGCAUCAUCGUGGCAGUUGGCUCUAUCUGCGGUAAGGGACCCUUCUGGGCAGGGUGGCAGGAAACAGGGGCUCUGGGGCCCUGCCAUGAGCUUCCCACAGAACAUACCUCCAUCUGGGCCUCGUUUUCAUUAGUUAAAUAA